UUCUCACUCCCACCCUACCCCCUUUGGUUACCCCACAAAACCGCGGGGUAUUUCCUCCCCCUUUCUCUUGCAAUUUUCUUAUUUGACUAAUCCACAUUCCUCCCCAAUUCUUUAGCGUUUCCCCUCCACAAUUGUCUAUUAGGGUUCAGCUUUUCACUUUUUCCUCUAUAAUUAUACCCUCAAAUUCAUACAUAAAUCCAAAAUUGUACUGAUUCUUGAAGUGGAUAUUUAGAUUUUAAGGUAUAAUUGUAUUGAUUCUUGAAGUGGGUAUUCAAGAAAAUGAAGCUCUUGUUGAAUUCAUCAACCCCAUCAUCAUCAUCAUCGCCUCCUAGUAAAGAGAUGAAAACCUCUCAGUAUUUUGGGGAAAACAGUGUUUUCCCACCUGGGUUUAGGUUCCAUCCGACAGAUGAGGAGCUUGUUCUGUACUACUUGAAGAGGAAGAUCUGUCGCCGUCGGAUUUUGCUUGAUGCAAUUGCUGAGACUGAUGUCUAUAAAUGGGAGCCCGAGGAUUUACCUGAUUUGUCAAAGUUAAAAACUGGGGACAGGCAGUGGUUCUUCUUUAGUCCCAGAGAUCGAAAAUAUCCCAAUGGAGCACGGUCAAACAGGGCAACAAAGCACGGGUAUUGGAAAGCUACUGGAAAAGAUCGUAUUAUUACAUGCAACUCCCGUGCUGUUGGAGUCAAGAAGACACUGGUCUUUUAUAAAGGACGAGCACCAGUAGGUGAACGAACAGACUGGGUGAUGCAUGAGUACACCAUGGAUGAAGAAGAGCUGAAGAGAUGUCUAACUGCACAGGACUACUAUGCACUUUACAAGGUCUUCAAGAAGAGUGGGCCCGGCCCCAAGAAUGGUGAGCAAUAUGGUGCACCGUUUAGAGAGGAGGACUGGGUUGAUGAUGAGUGCCUGAAUGCCAAAGUCUCUGUACAGCUGGAGAGUCCGAGACGGCAGGAGAAUUCCACAACGCACAUUGAUGUAGUUCCUGCUACUGAUGAUGUACUUGAGGAACUGCUGAACUGUAUUGCAGAUGAACCUGUGCUUCCUGGGCCCGUAGAUAACAAUUUUGCAUUGGGGCAGCUUGUUCAAGAGGAAGAUACUGAAAGUACCUUGCUAAAUCAGUCUUCGAGAGAAGUGAAUUUAUACAAUCAUUGUGCUGCCACUGGGCCAAGCUUCCAGCAGUAUAAUGCAAGGGCAAGCUUUGACCUGACGCAGUCAGGCACAUCACAGUUACAUUUGCAUGAGGCACCAGAGGUCUCAUCUGCUCCUGUGAAUCAUGAAAAGCCAGUGUACGUGGCGGAAGAGGAUUACUUGGAAGAUUUUCUCGAGAUGGAUGACCUUCUUGUUCCCGAACCAAGCGUUCAAAACUUUGAUGAUCCGGGAUUCUGUAUUCAGAACUUUGAUCAUCAAAUGCCAAAUGGUCAAGUCUUUGAUAAGCCUGCUGGAAACAUGGAGACUCUGCAGUUUAAUGACUUUGAUGGCUUAACAGAGUUCGACCUGUAUCAUGAUGCACCUUUGUUUCUUGAUAAUGCGGGGACACCAACGGUAGGGCAAAUUGCGCAACCAUACGUGAACAACUCCGUGAACGGAAUUUCUUACCCAGAUUCCGCUACAUACAUGAGCACUUCCCAAAAUGGCAUGAUGGACUACCAGCAGAUGCACUUGAAUCAUGAAAACCAGAUAAGCAAUCAGUUCUGGACGCUUGAUGAAAGAUUCGACGUCUUUAACCCCGUUGAAGGAAAUAAAUCAGUUGUUCAUCAAGCAUCUUCAGAUGGAUGGUAUUCAGUAACCAUGUCAUCUUCAGUGCGGCAAGAACUCUUGUGCCCAAGUGGAAAUGGGGGAGUUUGAGCCAAAGUUUCAAGAGCUCUUCUGCUGUUAAUAUUGGCGUUAGACUUUAUUUCUAAUUUUAGCAAGUUUUGACAAUGUUUAGGUGUGGUAAAUGAUAAUAAUUUUGCAAAUCCUCUGGGCGCUAAUCAAAAUCUAGCCAAAAAGGAUGAUGGUACGCAGUCGUGGUUCUCCUCUAAUUUGUGGGCUUUCGUGGACUCCAUACCCACAACUCCCGCUUCAGCUGCUGAAAGUGCUCUAGUAGUUAACAAGGCCUUUGAGCGUAUGUCUAGCUUUAGUAGGAUGAAAUUAAAUGUCGGUGACAUGAAUGUUGCUGCAGGUAAUGCCUCUGCAACUUCAAGUAGUUUGGGCAAAGCUAAAUAUGGAUUUUGUUGUAUUUCUUUAUUUGGAGUACUUUGUGCUAUCUUGUGGGUGCUAAUAGGAACUUCUGCUAAGAUUGUGGGGGGAUACAUAUCCUCAUAAAUAAACAUGUGUAGAGUUUUCUUUUCCUA